AUGGGUUUCCCCAUGCAAGGAAAGUACCAUCUCUCAAUAGAACUACAUUUAGGUCUGUUGAAGAUUUCCAGGAUGAUACGAAGUUCAGCAAUACUUAAGCUUCUAAGGAAGAUGCUAACGAGAAUCCUCAGACUGUCCAGCAGAUCAAAUACCAGUGCUGGUAACAGUGAUUAUGAUGAUGAUGACGCAAGUUCACUGGCAGAGGAUCUACCAGAGGAUGUGAAAGAAGGACAUUUUGUGGUUCAUACUGUUGAUCAUGGUGAACCGAAGAGGUUUAUUAUAGAAUUGGGUUACUUAGCUCACCCUGGGUUCUUGAAGUUGUUAGAGCAAGCAAAAGGGGAAUUUGGGUUCAGACCUGAAGGAGUUCUUGUCGUUCCUUGUGGGACCAAUGAGCUUAAGAGGAUUCUCGAGGACAGGAAAGAGAAAAUGGGAUGA